GAAGUCGCCACCGUCGAGUCCACCCAGUACAACAUCGCCACGGUCCCUACCACCAUCUACUCCACUGAGAUUGUGCCCACGAUGGCCUACCGCACCGAAGUUGUCAACGCCACCGUCACCGCCUCCAUCACGGAGACGGCCACGGCUACCAUCACGCAGACGGCCACCGUCCCUGCUGACCAGAGCGUCUGCCUGUACCGCUAUGCCUACAUCACGCGCACCCAGACGGCGAGCGUCGCGCCCAAGUACUCCACCUACACGGUUUCCACCAUCACCUGCUUGGCUGCUCAACCUACCUGCGACUCUCGCACCGGCAACUGCAACAAGUUUGCUCGUCUGGUCCUCAGCGCCGAGCCUACCUCUACCUAAGUUCAUCUUUGAGACAUGGACUUAGCCCCGGCCCAAAGGAGCUGUACUAGCAGCGGUGGCAACAAACAUGUACCCUUCAUCGAGGCCAGCAGCCUAUUUUUCUUUUUGUUUUUGUAGUGCCCGGUUUAUGAGUGUUAUACAUGAAGCAUAGCGUUAUGCAUCGGGGGGAAAGGAUUUAUGUAAUGAGUUAUUCGGG